CAGGGUUGUUUUGGAGGAAGUUAAAGCAGAUCCUGAAACAGAAAGAGAAAAAAGAACCGUCAGUUAACAGGGGGGCAACAACGGUUACAGCGCCCGUAUCGGUAUCCCCGAAUCCGGAUUAAUUCAUUCAUACACACGCCAUAAACGAUCCAGUCUUCAACUGACGACAGAAGCUGAAGUUAUUGUUUGUUUUUUUCCUCAUAAACAUCAGGCUCGUGUAAGGGCACGGUAGCAGUUUAGCUCACAGGCUACACCACAGCACAAAAACAGACUGAUAUUCGCUAGAUCUCCUUCUUUAUAUAAACCAGCUCUGACACGAUGACAUCAAGGAAGAAAGUUCUUCUGAAGGUGAUCAUUCUUGGAGAUUCCGGGGUUGGAAAAACGUCUCUAAUGAACCAGUAUGUGAAUAAAAAGUUCAGUAAUCAGUAUAAAGCAACUAUAGGAGCAGAUUUCCUGACAAAAGAAGUGAUGGUUGACGACCGGCUUGUCACAAUGCAGAUAUGGGACACAGCAGGUCAGGAGCGGUUUCAGUCUCUGGGUGUUGCUUUCUACCGUGGUGCUGACUGCUGUGUGCUGGUGUUUGAUGUCACUGCCCCGAACACCUUCAAGACACUGGACAGCUGGAGAGAUGAGUUUCUGAUCCAGGCCAGUCCUCGAGAUCCAGAGAACUUUCCCUUCGUGGUGCUGGGCAACAAAAUCGAUCUGGAGAAUAGACAGGUAACAACCAAGCGGGCACAGGCGUGGUGUCAGAGUAAGAACAACAUCCCGUAUUUUGAGACCAGUGCAAAGGAGGCCAUCAACGUAGAGCAGGCAUUCCAGACCAUCGCACGCAAUGCACUCAAACAGGAAACUGAAGUGGAGUUAUACAACGAGUUCCCUGAGCCAAUUAAACUAGACCGGAACGAUAGAGCCAAACCAUCAGCAGAGACCUGUAGCUGCUGAGGACCUCCAGGGGGCGCAACAUUUCACCCUCAGCCUCUCUGGCCUCGUCUCUGCCUCAUUUCCUCCUCUUCACUCUCUUUCUCUCUCUUGCGUUCUUUCUUUCACCCUAAUCCCCCCCCCCC